AUGAGAGUACAGCUUCUACUUGGUUCAAUCGUAUUCUUCUACCUCGUUGGCUGUUCCAACGGCUUUAAGAUUCAAGGAUUUCCGACGCAAGCAACGUUCAACCAAGAAGCCACAGCUGUAUUUACGAUCCAAUCGGGUGACCCGACGCACUUUGCAAUUGUAGCAACCCAGUCUCCCUUUCCUCUCAUCAAUCUUGAGGAGGUUAACACGAUUAUCCUUGUGAUUGGGGGCCGGGCGGAAGAGACAGGUUCGGCCUAUGCCACAUUUUCUAGAGGUGGAGGUAAUCCGGUGACUGUGGCGGCGUGGAACCUUGCCACUCCUGGCAGUGACAUAUCGACGAUACAGUCGUGGCAAGACUGGCAGAAAGGUUGGACAAAAGACGGUCCACAAAACCUUCCGUUUUAUGUUGACCCUAGUCCAAUAUUCGUCGCCGCUAGCUUUGGGAUGAACGCGUCGUCUUCGGGGCCCUCCACGCCUCAUGCAUCUGAUAGGAGCACGCUGUCAACCGCCAGUCCGUCCCUUUCAACAUCUUCGAGGUCACCAAGUCCUUCUGAGACCCAACUAGGUCCUUCCAAGGCUCAACCAAGUACUUCCGAGACUCAAGCGCAACCCAAUCCUGAUGCCACUGGAUCAACCACCCACACCACCAGAACCCGAACCAUUGUAGGAUCGGUGGUCGGCUGUGUCGCCGCAGCUUUCUCGGUGUUUGCCGGCUGGUGGUUGUGCAGGAGUAAACGUAGGUCGAGCGGAACUCACGCGCCCAAACCGCUAGAUGGGGACUUUGAAACAGUGACCCCUUAUACGCUCUCUAACCAGCACCCAGUUUCUGCGUCUCAAAAAGCCGUCCCUGUCAACCGUUUAGUGCAACAUCAGGGAGGAGAUGGAGACAUGACGGUUUCGGAAGACCGGAACAUGGGUCAGCUGAACAUGGAUGUAUAUUCCACGCUUGAUAUGAUAAGUCGGGAUUUGGCUGAUCUACGUCGGAUGGUACAAGAUUCCCGACGGUUGGAAGAAUCAUUACCCGACUACAGUAGCCAGUAG